CAAUCAGGCACGCAGCUGGAGCAGACAAGAUGGCUUCCGGGAUUUGGCGGCGCCUUUGUCUCUCGCUGCAGCCGGAGCUCCAGGUCUCGCCUUCAUUGCUCUGUGUCCUCUACUUGUAAAGGUCCAGCGUUUGUGGGCCUGUGACCUGCAGAAAUUGGGAGAUCCACAGCUAAGACUCCAGGACCCCCUGGAAGCCUAGAAAUGGGACUGUUGACAUUUAGGGAUGUGGCCAUAGAAUUCUCUCUGGAAGAAUGGCAAUGCCUGGACACUGCACAGAGGAAUUUAUAUAAAAAUGUGAUUUUAGAGAACUACAGAAACCUGGUCUUCCUGGGUAUUGCUGUCUCUAAGCAAGACCUGAUCACCUGUCUGAAGCAAGAAAAAGAGCCUUUGACUAUGAAGAGACAUGAGAUGGUAGAUGAACCACCAGUAAUGUGUUCUCAUUUUGCCCAAGAGUUUUGGCCAGAGCAGAACAUAAAAGAUUCUUUUGAAAGAGUGACACUGAGAAGAUAUGAAAAAUGUGGAAAUGAUAAUUUUGAGUUAAAAGGCUGUAAACGUAUGGAUGAAUGUAAGGUGCACAAGGGAGGUUAUAAUGGACUUAACCAAUGUUUACCAACUAUGCAGAGCAAAAUGUUUCAAUGUGAUAAAUAUGUGAAUGUCUUUAAUAAAUUUUCACAUUCAGAUAGACAUAAGAUAAAACAUAUGGAAAAUAAACCUUUCAAAUGUAAAGAAUGUGGCAAAUCAUUUUGCAUGCUUUCACACCUAACUCGACAUGAAAGAAAUUAUACCAAGGUGAAUUUCUGCAAAUGUGAAGAAUGUGAAAAAGCUUUUAACCAAUCUUCAAAGCUUACUAAACAUAAAAGAAUUUAUACUUGUGAGAAACUCUACAAAUGUCAAGAAUGUGACAAAACUUUUAACCAAUUCUCAAACCUUACUGAAUAUAAAAAAGAUUAUACUCGAGAGAAACCAUACAAAUGUGAAGAAUGUGGCAAAGCCUUUAAUCAGUCCUCACACCUUACUACACAUAAGAUAAUUCAUACAGGAGAGAAACCCUACAAAUGUGAAGAAUGUGGCAAAGCCUUUAACCAGUUCUCAAAUCUUACUACACAUAAAAAAAUUCAUACUGGAGAGCAACCCUACAUAUGUGAAGAAUGUGGCAAGGCUUUUACCCAAUCCUCAACCCUUACUACACAUAAGAGAAUUCAUACUGGAGAGAAACCCUACAAAUGUGAAGAAUGUGGAAAAGCUUUUAACCGAUCCUCAAAACUUACUGAACAUAAAAACAUUCAUACUGGAGAGCAACCCUACAAAUGUGAGGAAUGUGGCAAAGCUUUUAACCGAUCCUCAAAUCUUACAGAACAUAGGAAAAUUCAUACUGAAGAGAAACCCUACAAAUGUAAAGAAUGUGGCAAAGCUUUUAAACACUCCUCAGCCCUUACUACACAUAAGAGAAUUCACACUGGAGAGAAACCCUACAAAUGUGAAGAAUGUGGCAAAGCUUUUAACCGAUCCUCAAAACUUACUGAACAUAAGAAACUUCAUACUGGAAAGAAACCCUACAAAUGUGAAGAAUGUGGCAAAGCUUUUAUCCAGUCCUCAAAACUUACUGAACAUAAGAAAAUUCAUUCUGGAGAGAUACCCUACAAGUGUGAAGAAUGUGGCAAAGCUUUUAAACACUCCUCAUCCCUUACUACACAUAAGAGAAUUCAUACUGGGGAGAAACCCUACAAAUGUGAAGAAUGUGGCAAAGCUUUUAGCCGAUCCUCAAAACUUACUGAACAUAAGAUAAUUCAUACUGGAGAGAAACCCUAUAAAUGUGAAAAAUGUGACAAAGCUUUUAACCAAUCUGCAAACCUUACUAAACAUAAAAAAAUUCAUACUGGAGAGAACUACAAAACUGGAAUAUGUGACAAUUAUUAUGACAACACCUCAAACUUUUCUAAAUAUAGAGGAAAUCAUACUGGUGAAAAGUUCUAGGAAUGUAAAGAAUGUGUCAAAGACUAAAUGGUUUUCUUUUUUUUUUUUUUGAGACGGAGUCUCGCUCUGUC